CCGAAAGUGUGUGUCAGUGUGUGAGGAGUCAGCGAGCGCGAUCAAGCUGUUCGUGUAACGCUCCAGACAUCCACGGCUAGAACAAUAACAUCAACGACCACACGCGCCGUCUAGAGGCCAGCCGAUAUACGCUAGCAGAUGUAUCUUACGACUACAAAGAAAGUGCUCCGAUCACCUCGAUGCAAAAUACAGUCGAUACUGAUGGCCUUAUUGGCAGCAAUAUUAAUGACAUCCGGGCAACCCAUCACGCACCAGCUAGCGCCAUCGUCAGUAACAUCCCACGCCGACACGAAACCAUUCAGUCAACUAACGCCGACAUACGGCGACACGCGUGAACUGGAAAGCAUUCCCCGCGAAAUAGAGCAAAAAGGGAACGGAAACUCCCCGAGCAGCCAUAACGGAUGGCAUAGCGCCGCUCUACCGCAACUAGAUAGCGUUCUGCUAUGGCGGCGAUACUCCCGCCUCGUGGGAGACAGCGCGCUAGUAGGAGACAAAAGCGCAGUGAUCUCAGCGCCGACAGCCGAGCAGCGAUCAAGGACGAAACCGACUCACCGCCAUCGGAAAAAGCGUUCGGCGGUCAUUUGUUUCUUUCACUGCGCUGAAUGUAACAAGAUGUACGGAGCUGCCGCUUACAACGCCCCCAGGUGCGCCAGACACUGCACGCUAAGCGGCGGUAGAAGCGCCGACGUGGACUGCUCGAACGUCACCUUCUGGAAUUAACGAAGCAACUGAAAUCAUUCCUUUACAAAUGCGUUAUGGAUAUCCCUGGCAUAAACUGCUCGGCGAUGUUAGCCAUGUUUAUAUCAUUUACAUUCUCGGUUUAUUUAAAUAUUUAAUAAUUAUUUUAAGUUUUUUUUUAUGUGCUAGUCACCGGUGUCUUACAUUUUACGCUUCAACGUGUGUAGCACACGCCAGCGAGAUGUUAUUUUUGUACAGAUAAAAUCCGCAAUGACCUUUUCCACGACUAGAUUAUUAUGUAAUUUAUUGUUUAUCGUCGGUUGACAUUUCAUGUUUAUUACGUUCCGAUGGCGUCAGUUACUACGAAAUCUGUUCCUAUUUCACAAAUAUGAUGGGCUGCGGUGCAAUCACCCACUUGACGCGCAUCGAUCUGCAGCGCAUGGAAUCAAUCAACGACGGCGUGACGAGAAGACGGAACAUGGAGCGACGCCUUGCGUCCUCUCUCUCCUGUUCUUCAUCUGAACAGUGCGCGUUGAGGCGCACGUGGGCGGAAAUCCGCGAGGCGCCAAAGCUGGGCAUGUCACACCGCAGCAGUCACGUUCGUUUUUUAUCGUCUGGGUUCUUACAUUUACAGCGGUGUAGCCUAAUAUGUUUCGUUGUUAUUUUGUCGCAUUUUUCGAAUAGAAAUGAGAAAAAGCGUUUAAUUUUGCAUCACGUUUUUUCGUGUUCUUUCCUUGUUUGCGCUGCGAGAACGCUCGUGGCAACGCUAUUCCUCGUCGCUGGUUAGAACAACCAGCCCAUUGCUUUGCGGAAUUGAUCAUAUUACGCUGAGACUCGUUGCUCAAAACUUUAUCGUUUUUGUCUGACACUAAUGCCUUUCGUUAUGCGUUGUAUACCAUAUCUGAGACAUUCCAUGUACAAAUGGCAGUCGUAGGCUAUACAGUACUAUAAGAUGACCUGAACAUGAGGCGCAUGUUCGUGAUCGGCAAGAUUAUAAAGCUAGUUAUUUUUUAUUAUUCGUUGAAUUUGACAAAUAAAGCUAUUGACACGGUGUGCCACUGACAGCUUC